ACACAACAAGAACGGCAGCCGGAUACCUACACCAAGAACGACAAUAUUUACAUCUGUUCACGUCUCCACGAGGAAGUGACUGGCGUUUGGCCUGGCAUUAGCAAAUGAACUGGAUUGGGGAGCUUUUAAGGGGGUAUUUACGUAUUUUGAAUCAGGAUGUUUGAAUCGAUGAAGAAUGCUUUAGGAGGCAGCGGUGUAACUUUAGAAAAUGGUGGUGUGAUUUUGGUAUCAGAAACUGCAACUGCCUCUGCAAAUGGACUGGUGUCUCAUUUUCUUUCAUGGGGCAUUUCAAAUAACCAUCCAGUAUGUUUUGUCACUCUACAACAAACUUGGAGCCAUUAUUGUAACAUUGGAAACAAAUUAGGUGUAAAUUUAAGACAACAUGCAGAAAAAGGUCAUGUGAAAGUUAUUGAGGGAUUGAAGAUGACUUCUGAAGUCCUUGAUGGAGUUGUCGAAGAUAUUUCAGAUCAUCCUUUUGGCUUUCUUAUGGAAAACUGCAAGUAUCCACUUAAAAACUUAUACUGCUUAAUAAAAGAAACCGUAAAGCUUUGGAAAGAAAAGUACUUUCUCUUGAUAGUAGACAGUAUAACCUCCCUACUUUCACUUGGUGUUACUACAAAAGAUCUGGACAUCUUUAUUCAGUAUUGCAGUAGUCUUAUAAAUCACGCUUCUGCAAAGCCAAUUGGAUUAUUGGUUCUUGUAACAAAUUAUGAUGAGAAAGAUGAAGAUGUAAGCCAUGUAACAAAGUCAAUUGCACACAAUGCUAUAAUGCACUUAUCAGUUCGUGGCCUUAGUACAGGACUCUCAAGAGAAGUUCACGGGGACCUUAAACUGAUACUAUAUGACCGUCAGAAACCCCACCUUUGUUUGCCUGAAGUUCAGCAUUUUCAGUAUAAGAUGGAAGACAAGAAUAUAAAGCUCUUUGCUCCAGGCACAUCUGCUUGUGUUCUCUAGUUAUGGAUGUAAAAUUGUAUGCAAAACAGGAUUCUCCUAUGCUUUUGAUUAUUUUGUGUUAAUAAAAGUAUAUAUAAUUUUACAUGUUUAUUUGUCUCAUACACAGCCUUUUGAAUUUACAGAAUGGAAGAAGGUACUUCUGUUUAUUUUACUUUCAUCCAGGUAGUACUGUUAACUUCAAAAACUUGCCAAUUCCUUCAUGGAGAUUGUUUACCCUGGAAUGUUUAACAUCACUGAAUAUUUAAGACUUUAACUUCAAUUAAACCCAUAUUCUUAUACUGGUUGAAUGAUUACUACAAGUUGCCUUACUGUAAUUUCUAGUUUUAGAUUGCAACCAUAACAAAUAACAUUUUUCUUUUCCAAAUUAUAAACAUGAAAACUGAAAUAUGCCAUCAUUUCAUUAGCUCAGACCCAUCAUAGUUUUUAAUAAUAAAUGUUGAAGGCACUUUCUCGCAGCAAGCUUUUGAAAUUAUACUAAUACCAAGAGUACAGUAGGUGCUUUGGUAUAAUCUACACUUGUUCAAAGUAUGAUAUAAGUAAAAUACAAUUAUACUGUGCAAGUGUCCCAAGUUUAUUCUUAACAUCAGUCAUAAACAUGUUCAUAUUACUCAUAUCCAUUUUCUUAUAUAUUUUAAAAUAAAAAAAUCAAGACCGAUUAAUGUAAAUUAAGAAAUAUUGGGUGAUUUGUAUGGAAACUUUAACAAAGAUUCAUAUUAUAGAAAUCAUGUGACAUUUUUACAUUAGCAAAGGUUUUUUUGUUUUUUUUUUAUACAGAGAAGCAAUGACCAUAGUUCCAUUAUAUACACAUAUUCAA